AUGUCCGAGUCCAGGAUGAGAGUGCCUGACAAGGUCAAGGAAGUCGCCAAGGAGGACUUCAACCAGGCCAGGCAGCUCGCUUCAGAAGCUGUCCGUUCGGCCGCAUAUCUCUACCCUUUCAAGGGCAUUGUUUACUUCUUCACGCAUCGUGCGCUAUGGAAGCCUCUCGCUGCAAAACUCGUCCCCACGGUCUCACUCGGUCUCGGUGUCACUGUGCUGAUGUUCGCCGUCACCUACAUUCCCCAAGUUGCACUUCUCACCCUCUUCAACGGACCACUCGCAGUCUUCACCACCGUUCUGCUCGUACUCAGCGAAUCCUCUACUAUAUUCUCCGUCUUGAGCAAGAACUUCCUCAUUGAUGAAGCGCUGAUUGACACGUUUGACUCGACCUUGCUCAGCCGCAACCAGACUACGUUGGUUUCGAAAGAACGCCAGGUAAAGUCAGGAAGCGACCCUGUUGCCAAGUUGGGAAAGCUGGUCACCAAGCCGUUUGCAAAGUUUGCACCCAGCGCCAUCAUCCGAUACUUCAUGUACCUUCCGCUCAACUUCAUCCCGAUUGUCGGUACCGUACUAUUUGUCAUUCUCCAGGGACGCAAGUUUGGCCCAACGGCGCAUGCUCGUUACUUUCAGCUCAAGCAGAUGAAGAAGCAAGAAAAGGAGCGCUUCAUCGAGCAGCGCAAGGCUGCGUAUGCCAGUUUUGGUAUCCCCGCCGUCCUCCUCGAGCUUGUCCCCAUUGCCGGUAUCUUCUUCUCCUUCACCAACACUGUGGGCGCUGCCUUGUGGGCUGCCGAUAUGGAGCAGGGCGUCCAGAGCGGCGAAGGCACUACGACGGCGCCGAAUCUGCGCCAGCAGGCUGAGCUGGCUAAAGAUAGGCGGGAGUUGUGA